AUGGACGCUCUGAGGGCUCGUGAGCAGCUGCGGCGGCGAUACCUCAUCCCGUUGGACGCCGAGGCCCAGCUGAGUAGCGAGGGCGACGCCGCGCCGGAAACCUCUACAGCUGUUGAGAAAAAGGAGAAACCUCUUCCAAGGCUUAAUAUCCAUUCCGGAUUCUGGAUUUUGACGUCCAUUGCUGUGACCUAUUAUGUUGAUUUCUUUAAAACCAUUAAAGAAAACAUCCACACUAGUAGUUGGUUUCUCCUUGGCGGUGCCUUGCUGCUCAUCAGCCUAUCGAUUGCGUUUUACUGUGUAAUCUUCCUAGAGUGGUAUUGCGGAGUUGAAGAUUAUGAUACCAGGCACCCCUCCUUGAUACCCAUUACAACUGCUACCUUUAUCGCAGCGGGGAUUUGCUUCAAUAUCGCCUUAUGGCACGUGUGGUCGUUUCUCACUCCAGUGUUGUUGUUCACCCAGUUCAUGGGGCUCAUAAUGCUUAUCUCACUCCUUGGAUGA